AUGGAUUCAACACUUGAAAAGUUAGCCUCUUUUACUAUCUAUAACAAACCGAUUGAAACUCAAGAUUCAAAUCCUUCGAUUGAUCCAACUAUUUUUCGUGAAUUAGAGAACCAACUACCGAUAUUAAUCGCAAACGAUGAUGAUUUUAUUUCUUUAUUAUUUUUUCUUCUCGAACACAUUCCAUUGGAAAUUGAUUUCAAUGUAUUAACAUCAACAGAAACGAAUUUUCAUUCGUUAUGGUUCUAUACAAGAAAAAUGUAUAAACUAAAUCUAAAUUCUAAACUACAAAAUCGAUAUGAUCAUUGCUCUCAAUCACAGACCGUUCUACAGCAUAUCUUUCAAAAUGCACAAGUCAAAACUCUCGAAGAAUUACUUCGAACUAAACAAAAUAUUCAACAAAUCUUCAAUCGGUUAACACCUUUCCUAUUGAAAACAACCUAUACUCAAUAUCCGGUGGCAAUCGAACUAUUUAUGCAAAUAGUCAAGUGUUUAGAUCAACCAACUUUAACCGAGUCGUUCGAUUUGAUCUUCUCUGUUUGUCUAAUAACGUUAGACGAUCCAUCAGUAGACAUGAAACUUGUUAGCCUUUACCUACUAGAUCAUCUACAGAAACAUUGCACAUCUACGGAAUUGUUAUUAUUCAAUCGGGCCAACGUGAUCAUGUAUGGUCUUGAACAAAAUCUACAUCGCCGCAAUGAUCCAAUGCCAUUUUUUGAAUGUUUACUAGCAACAACGUACCGCUGGAUAAUAAUUCUCGAAAAUAAAACAUAUUCCGGUAAACAUUUGUUCAUUCGUACGAGUCAAUUGAUUGAAAAGCUGAUCCGCGAUGCCAUUUUGGAAACCAAUAUUGAAUAUCGUCGGUGUUUGUUGAGAAUUCUCAAAUUCUACAUCAUUCGCCUUCAACUGUUUGCUAUACGGCAUUUAAAUCACUUUCUCGAACUUCUUGAUGAUUCGAUUGAUAAUCGAUCAUUACGAAAUCAAUCUUUGGAGAACCUCGUGACAAUUCUUGAAACAUUAGAACCCAGAAUCAAUGUUCAUCGAUUAGAUAUUAUGAAAAUUAUUGUUCGUUGUUUAUUUCGAAUCUUCCAUGAUGAACAAAACAACCAUUCUCAGAUUAUGCUAGUGAAAACAUGUCUAGGCGGACUACAAUCAUCUACAACAGAUAACUAUGUUCAAGAUGCAUUGCAAUCAUUAAUCAAAACAACAGAUUUGGAUUUGUCGUACCGAGAAUUUUUGAGGCAGUUUAUGUGA